AUGACGAAAUCUGCUACGGGUCGAAAGCCGGGGAAGAGUGAGUCCGGCCCGCGCAAGGGGGUUACCCCCUCUAUUCGCAAGAAAAGCACGUCGACAAAAGCAAAAAAGAAACGAAAAUCCAAACCUACCAAACCUGCUAAACCACGCAAGAAAUCGAAUUCAUCGGCAACAGCGGCCAAACAACCACGAGUCAAGAAGAAAUCCCCAGAUAGUCGGGCUGCUGGCAAAGUUGCGCCCGCAGUACGGCGAUCCCCCACAACGAUAAAUUCAUUAAGUACGGCUGCAGCAGCGGGCAAGCAACAACAAGCGCAACCCAAGAAAAGAACUACCGCUAAUCAGACUGCUAACAAAACCACGCCUGUGGCACGGCGAUCUGCCACAACCACAAACUCAUUGAGCACGGCUGAAGCAGCGGGCAAGCAACAACAAACGCAACCCAAGAAAAGAACUAUAGCUAAUCAGAUUGUCUUGCCACGGAUUGCCGUGGCACGGCAAUCCGCUACAAGCACAAAUUCGCAACAACGCGGCAAUGGACGACUGUCCAUCGAAAGUAAUCGCACGGCUUCAACAGCAACGGGAAACGUGCUUUCUGCGAGCAAUCAUGUACGGAAAAAGUCGAGAUCCGCUGCCGACUUUCCCAAUAACUUGUCCAGACGAAAUAGGCAGAACAUAGCAACAGACAACGGCGCAGGCGGAAGAAGAAUUAUCGCGCCCCAGAGUGUGGCUCUCGCGGACGCCCCACAGAGAGGUGAAAUGCAUCCAAGCGGGCGACCAGUGACAAGGGCGGACGAACGGACGAUCAUACACGGAUCUGAACGGAACUGCGAAGGGCUCUCCUGGCGGUGGCUCAGAAUUCGCGAAUGUGCCCCUUCAAGGCCUCCUAGUAGUCCACAUGCAGUAAUGAGGAAUCCGAGGUGCAGCAGAUUAGUUUUCCCUUCAUCGGACACAGAUUCGUAUGACUCUGAUGCACCUUUGAUGAGUACGCGUGGGCCCACCCAAAGGCGUCAAGUGACACUCGGAAACAUCUCGCUCUCCGAAAGACAGAACAACGGGGUGAGGCAGGCGACAGAACAACGCCUGCAGCAUGCGGAUGCUCGCUUCCCUAACCGGUCUCGGUCUGCCUCAGUCGUAGGCCUGGCAUGCGGAUCAGCAGAGGACCGGGCGUCUUCCAGACCACUCGAAAGACCUACAACCCUUUCGGCUGACCCCAGCGCAGUGGUGCGUGUGCGAUCGAUGCAAUCAAAUUUCAUGUCCUCUUCAAGAAAAGGGCUGGACGAAGCUCUGUUACGCCGCACACGCAAUGUGCGAACACCGCAGGCCAUUUGUGCAGAGGUUAUUGACGUAGAUGCGGUCUCCUCGGAAACGCCCGCAGCGGAUGAAGUCGUUCUGAUAUCUGAUUCAGAUUCCGACGAUGUGCGCCCCUGCACACCUACGACCGCGAGACGUCCAAAACGUUCCCGUCGUUGUCAGGGGAAGCCCCCACCUAGGACUGGGAAUGGAGAGACUGGAUUCGAUGAUGUCGCGAUCAUAUCGCACGUCGUCCGAGGAGCAGGUGUACCGCUCACGGAAAGCAGCGACGGGAAAAUGGAACCCGAAGGCGAGGAUGCGGAAGGCAGCGAAGGCCAUGAAUUGUCUGUUGUGGCUACAAGGCGUGGAGUUCAAGCGCUUGUAGACCUCCCUCAUAUGAGGUUCCAAUGCGGAAAGGUGCCCUUCGUACGUGGAAAGAAAAAAAAUACCUGCCCGUUGUGUUACUGCUUCGUUUGUGAUAUAGAAGCCACAAAAUGUGAAAGCUGGGUCCGUCACAGCGCAGCCACAGAUAAGAGUGUUUCCUGGAUACGGAAGCGACAUUCGAAAAGAGAAAAACGGGCGAGGGCUAAGUCGUAG